CGCACGUGGCGCCAAAUUCAAGGAGGGCGGCGUGGUCCCCUUUCCAGCCCGCUGGGUUGUGUCAUCUCGGCAAUUCAACUUGGCGAAUUGCGCCUAUUGUCGUAUUUGGCAAUCAUUUACCGAGCAACAGGGUAGAUGCUUGUCAGGCUGAGAACGAAGACUCUCGGCUGUGGCAAGCUUCAGACCUCCGCUCGAAGCUUUGAAGAUACUCGACAACUUCCUGUGCCGUACCACAGCAACUCCUCCAGAACUACUGUCGACCGAUUACAACAAUGGCUGGAUUGAUUCCUUUGAUGCUCACCUCGAGCUCCCGGACGAGUUUUAUCGCCCCUUCUCAAACGUCGCCUCGGCGUCAGUCUUCUAGCGGAUUGCCCAGCUCGACGAGUCCGACGACACCGACGCAUGCGGCAAGACCAAUGUUGUUCAAGCGCUUGUCAAUCACUGCGCCGGCACCUAUUCCGGUGCUGCCGUACACGGAGGCGGAGUGGAGGAAGACGAUUGGCGAAGUCAAGAGGAAGUACUUCGGCAAGCGAUACCGAGCUUGCUCGGCAAGGUGUCUUGAGGUCCUUGACGGAAUCAAAGAUGUCUCUCAGGUUGAGCCGGUAUACUUGAUCUACCUUCACUUCUACGCAGCGACCUCGAUGGAGAUUUGCGCCCGCCCACUCCCUUCAACAUCUGCUCUGCGCAGCAACCUGUUGCAGCAAGCUCGCACCCAUUUCGAUCACGCGUCCGCUCUUAUCAGCGCAGCUGAGGAGUCGGUCCUCAGGAAGUUCCGCCCAGGCUCAGUUAGCUCAUCCCGGGCCUCCAGCUGCCACUCGCCGUCCGGAUCCGUCAGCUCCCGCGCCUGGACGCCGGACACUCGCGUGUCCUCGCCCACCGACUCCGUCUGCUCCUUCGAUGGCUUCCUUGUGAAGUCGCCUCAGUCCCCCCCGAAGCGCGCUAAGAAAGUAUUUCUUUCCCUCCCCAAGGAAACCUCCCUCCACAUGCCCGCAGAACCCAUCAUCCGCCCGGACUCGCCGACGCUCGGCUUCGAGGACACAUUCCAACCCACCGUCUCCCGGCAAAACAACCUCGAGGCUCUGCAGCCCCCGUCUAAAUUUCAAGAAAUUGAGCUGCCCCUGCAAACCAUUCCCGAGGACAAGUUUGAGGAACAAACUGCCACCCCGGACGAGGCUCACCCACCUCAACAGCAACAGCAACAAGAGGAAGACUACGACGACACCGAAACGGCCUCCAUGAUUCCUCCCUCGCUCACCCGCUGCUGCGAGCACCUCUCGGCCCUGCGCGCCCAGCUCGCUCGCCACUCAGCCAGCCUGCACCAGCAGCUCGUCUCCACCCAGCCACCGGCGCCGCCGUCCCUGGACCACCCGACAGCAGCAGCAACAACAACAUCGUCAACGACGCCAAUACCGGCAAAAGUUAGCAGCGAAGAAGCCCGCGCGCUUGACCGCCAGGCGAGGAUCGAACGGCUGAGGCGCAAUGGCUGGCAACGGAAGCGGUUUGACCCGGCCCGGUACGAGGAGUUGUGCGAGGCCGCUUUGGCGGAGUUGGCCUGAUGGCUUUCUUACUUAAGUGUUAGAUUUAUUGGGGUGGAGGCAGGGGUCUAGUUCUUCGAAAACUUCAAGUUUGGAGGUUUACGAGUUAUGAUGGCAUUUCGGUGGCGCUUGGUGUCAGGGUGCGCGGUUU